AUGUCGCGCGCCUCCAAAGUCACGCUGGCUGCGACGUCGCUCGCAACAGCAGGCAUGAUCUACUUUGUCCACUGGUCACAGGAAGCAGACAGAGCGGCAAUGCAUGCCGGCGUCGAACGAGACGAGGAACGACAACGCAUCAAACGCGAACGACAAGCCGACUUUGAAAUGCAGCGUCGACUCGAGGAAGAAUAUCGCAAGAUUCAGAAUGUUCCAGAGGGACAGAACGAUCCGGGACUGGGGCAGAAGAGUUGA